AUUGUCGUUCCUCGUUUGAUUUUUUUAUACAGUAUUAGUGGUUAUAUAGUGUAGGUACUUUUUAUUGAGUAUGAUAUAUACCUGAAAGCUGUCAAAUUUCUGUCAUACGUAUAUCUCCCACAAUUAUGUCUCCGAAUAUGAGAGUAUUCUCAAUUUAUGAACAGGGGACCACUAUUGAAAAAUCACCUAAAGAAUAUUGGUUGAGAUCGCAAAGACGACAUCAGUUUCCUGAAGCUUUCAAUUACAGCAGGAUCGAAUUCAAGCCUCCUCCUCUUCCAGCUAGAGCUACUCAGUUAUCAUUAGUCAAAAGAGAAGAACGUCGACACUUUUGUGGUCUCAAUACGAAGUCACAUUUGGAUAAUUUCUUUUAAUACUGGACAUAAAUUCCAAUUCUUCAAAUAAAUGGUGAAUAAUAGUAGAAAAAUCACAAAAAAUGUACAAUAUUCGUGAGUCAGUAAUGAAAACCAAGGAAACAAACGAAGGACUCUUAACAUUGAGCAAUGUCAUGAACUGACGAUGAAUUCUUUUACUAUUUUUUUCUAUUACAUUGUGUACAUGAAGGUACUCAUUGGUGUUAAAAGUAAACUCAGUCCCGCAUUAUAACGGCGUGUUUCCAUUUAUGCUAUUUUCUCAUUGGCCUAUGGCAAAUGAAACUGCAGCUGAAGAGUUACACUCCAUUCUGAUUGUGGAUUUUUACGUCACAAGGUAGAAUGUUCAAUCAUAAUGGAAAGUAAGCUAUCCUUUCGACGCGUACGGAGUUGAUUUAAGCAAUGUCAGCUGUCAUUUGUCAACUAUAUCGACCUAUCAUUUUUCAACAAAAUACUAAAAUACUGCAUAAACACAACUAUUGGGCAUGUUAAUAAAAAUUAUCGUGAUAGUUCUAUUACUCGAUUCAGUAUGUUGCAUUUCUGAACACCCGAUUCUGAUUGUCGUUUCCUACGAUGCCUUCAGGUACAAUUUCUUCGACACGAAGCUGGUUCCGAAUAUGGAAAGGAUCAAGAAGACUGGGACCUAUUCUGAUUACCUGGUCAACGUUUUCCCGACAAAAACCUUCCCCAACCACCACUCCAUCGCGACGGGCUUGUACACCGAAGUGCACGGAGUGGUAGGCAACACCUACUACGACAAGCAGAGCGACACAGUCAUGAAAAUUGGUUACGAAAUGUUCCAUUACGAUAACAGCACCGUGCCUAUUUGGAGAUGGAACGAGGAUCAGGGUGGCGGAAGGUACUCUGCCACCAUGAUGUGGCCUGGUGCGGAUUUUCCUUAUCAGGGGAAAAAUAUAACAUAUAUGCAAGGGUUCGAUCCCAACGUUGAUUGGUUUCGUAGAGUCGAUACAGUUAUGUCGUGGAUAACAGAUCCCAAGAAACCAGCUAAUUUAGUAAUGUUCUAUAUCGAGGAACCAGACUCCCACGGCCAUGCUUUCGGAGCAAACUCCGUUGUUGUCAAAGAUAUCCUGAGAAAACUUGACAAUGUCACUGAAUAUUUGAAGGACCAGUUGGAAAUUCACAAAUUAACAGACCGUGUAAAUGUCAUUCAUCUCAGCGAUCACGGUUUAAUCUCCGUCACACCUCCCCAUUUCAUCAAUAUUACGCAGUACAUGAAAAACGAUACCUACUACUGGGCUGGGGCCUCGCCUUGCAUACAAAUAACGCCAAAAAAAGGUUAUGAGGAUAUGAUCUAUGAUGCGCUCAAAGUCGGCUCGGCUACAAAUGGGCAUUUCAAAGUUUACAAAAAGGAAAACUUUCCCAAACAUUGGCAUUACAAAAAGAACUCUCGAUCUCCUCCGAUUCUGGUCAUGGCCGACGUAGGUUAUGCUUUGGACGACUUGAUAAUAGCUGCACCGAAAUAUGCCCAACGUUACAAUUUUACAUUGACUAACACUUCUGAAUUUGGAGUUCACGGCUACGACUACAACGUGAGCGACAUGCAUCCCUUCUUCAUGGCCCGAGGACCGAAAAUCAAGAAAGAGCACAAAGUAGCCCCUUUUCACACCGUUGACCUCUACAACCUGUUCACUGAAAUACUGGAGCUGCCCCCCAGAAUUAUAGUGGAGUAA